AUGUCCGCGCAUCUGGAUAAUGGCCCUGAUGAGGUCGCACUACUGUGCAUUCGCACAAUGCCCAUCCGCGACAUUGUCCGGACAUGCGGAGACUAUAAAUUGAUAGCUGAUUCAAUUAAAAUGGCAAAGCUUUGCUCCAUCACAUUGGUGAUAGGGCUGCUGAUAUGCCUACGAAGUGCGGCAAAGAUCACCCAUAAGGCUCAGGCUCUCACUAGCCAUGCAGCCAAAUGGCAUGUCUGCUCCACCAUCGACUCCUUUGCUCGUGACCCAGAGACACCGUGCACCAUUCAAAUCGAAGAAGGUGAUCGCAAUGGCGUUGAUGAUGGCGAUGGCGAGGAUGAAUUCUAUGAAGAGGAGGCCAAGUCCGAGGACGAGCUCGAGGACACCAAACUCGUGCAUCCACAAGCUAACACCAUCUCCUUCCAAAAGCGACAAGCGCUCGGUAAUAGCUUUAUUGAUUUUGAUAAUCCAAUUUUAUUGACGAAUCAAAAUGGAUCACAAGGCCUUUAUGCUUGUUUUUGA